AGGCCAAUGCAAUGCAUUUAUAAGCGAAAGGGUAUACAGGAGCCUAUCACAAUGGGCGCCCUAAAAAGAACAGGAAGUGCGUAUACGCUGUUCUCUAGUGCAGGCAUUCCCAUGGAUAGAGUGAUGCAAACGGCCCAGACGGAGUUUGAAGGGUCAAUGUAUCUUGUUUCCACCGACGUAACAAAGGAAAUAAAAGAGACUACAAUUCGAGCGCAGGAAGCUCCGGCUAUUUCCAGGCCUGUGAAUCGAAAAGUACAGGUGCCUCCGCCGCCAGCAGGCUCUCUAAUAUUUACGAAUCGGGCGUAUAUUGAGCCAUCACACCUGCGAUUCUUCAAAGAUUAUCAGAUAGAGGGCGUGCAGUUUAUGUUUGAGCGGCUGAGGUCUGCAAAUGGUGCUCUUUUAGCUGAUGAGAUGGGGUUGGGAAAGACUUUCCAGGCGGUUGCCAUUGCCAGAAUAUUCUGCAGGGCCGGCGGGCUUGUCUUGGUUGUUUCUCCAUGUUCGCUUGUUGGCGUAUGGGAGAAGGAAAUAAAAAAAUGGGCAGGCUCUCUUCGAGUGUUCAAUGGGGCAAUAAAGCAUCCGAACAAGUACACUGGGUUUGAGAAUGUUCUCCUGGUGAGCUAUGAGAAGCUUGCCACGCUUGACACAGAUAAGUACAAAUUUCAGUUAGUAAUCUGCGAUGAGGCGCACCGGCUAAGAACCAGUACAUCGCAGGCUCUACAGGCGCUGAAGAAGAUGGGGAGCAAGAAGCUUUUACUGACAGGGACCCCCUUUCAGAACACACUGCAAGAGUAUAAAACCCUUCUGGCAUUAGUAGAUGGGAGAGCAGAGCAUGCAAAAGGAAUAAAAGAACUGUCAAAUAUAGCAAACGAUGCAGUUCUUAGAAGAAAAAUAGAAAGAACAAGUCUUAAACUGCCGCAGAAGGAUGAGAUUAUUUGGAUCAUAAAGAACAAAGAAUAUGCAGCGUACAAAUCGUUUUAUGCCAGCAUUGCAUCGAAGGCGGGAAUUCAAGAUAUCCAAAGGCUAAGAAUUAAAACAUGCACCUCGCCAAGUAAAUGGAAUGUUUUCCUUACGCUUGCUAAGAGUAUACUUAAAGAAAGGCACUCACUUGUCAUUAUUUCCAGAUAUAUUGAAGUGAUUAAGAAGGCAGAAAGUUCUAUUAAAUCACUAGCAGUGAAUAGAGAAGUGCCAAUUGCACCAAGAGAUGUAUCCUCAUUUCAUGGAGAAAUGAAGAUUACGCAGAGGGAGGAAGCGCUCUCUUCUUUCCAAGCAAGCGGGCAGAAGGUAAUUAUUCUUUCGGCAAAGUGCGGAGCAGAAGGUCUUACGCUAGUUAAGUCUACUCGCAUGAUAAUAAUUGAUUCGGAUUGGAAUCCAGCGAAUGACUUGCAGGCCAUGGCGCGUAUUUGGAGGCUUGGACAGACAAUGCCUGUGAUAAUUCACAGGCUGUUUCUUAUGGGAACCAUCGAGGAGUAUAUUUUAUUAGUUCAAAUGAAGAAGAUAGAUCUGCAGAAGAAAUUAGAAGGGGUCCUUCCUGCAGAAGAGAUCGAACAGCGACUGUCGCAGUGUGAAGAAGAGCAGAGUAUUCUAGAGCCUUUAGAGACAUCGUUGGUUCAUAAGUGGCUUAAGUGCGCAUGCACUGAAGACUAUCCCUUUGUAUGCGAUGAUGGCUACUCGCACAGCCAUUCCGAUGUAGGAUUGAUUCUGUCACAGAGGAUUAACAGUGCAGAAAUAGAUAAGUAAAUAUUUACACCGUAUUUAUAAUUUA